CCCCGCGAUGUCGUGACUGCGGCCUGGCCUGGCCCGGCGGGAGGCUCGGAAUGACCCAUGGGCCCGGCCCAGCCCGGCUCGAGCCAGUCUCAGAUUGAGUCCGGGUCCUGCAGGUGGCCGCGCGGAGCCACCCGGUGGUGUGGCCGCGAGCACCGACCCCUUGCUUGACGGCCUGCAGCAGCGGCGGAUCGAACAUUGACUCUUCUGGCGAUGAGAAAAUUAUUAGCGGCCCGAGAUUGCCUCGUCCUCCCCGUCGUCGUCGUCGUGCACGUGACCUUGCCGACCAAUCGGGGCGACCGCCGCCGUCGGCGCCGAGGAGGAGGAGCAGCCCGUCGGGGUCGCCCGGGGCCGCGGCCGAGGGGAAGGACCCCGCGCGCCGCCGCCGGAGGGACCCGGGCGUGCGCCGGCCCGCGAUGAGUCGGACAGCAGCCGGGCGGCGGGCGGACGGAGAGCGGCUCGGGGUGGUCCUGGCCUUCUCCAGCGCGCCAGCCAAAAAGGUUUCCACCCGCUCUGGUGGCGGACGGAGACGGGCACAGCCAUGCUGCUCCACUCCGCGCUCGUCCUUGUCGUCGUGGUCCUGGUGAACCUGGGGAGCGUCGCGAACGCGGCCGAGCCCCCCAGCUAUGACCUCAACAACGCCACGCUCGCCGUGGUGGUGGACCCGCACUUCCACCGCCAGGACGGCGCCAACCUGCUGGACCAGCUGCGCGCCUUCCUGGGCGUGGGCACGCUGGAGCUGCUGCAGCACGGCGGCCUGAACGUCGAGUACUACGGCAUCGCCGACUACGCCCUGCGCUCGGACCUCACGGCCGUGGUCAGCGUCGCCACCUGCGCCGACACCUGGGCCAUCUACAGGCGCAUGGAGCAGGAGACACUGCUCCAGCUCGCCAUCACAGAUGCGGAUUGCCCGCGCUUGCCGUCGGACGUCGGCCUCACUAUCCCGCUGACGGAGAGCGGUGGCGUGCUGCCGCAGAUGAUCCUGGACAUGAAGAUGGCGCGCGCGCUCACGUGGCGCUCGGCCAUCGUGCUGCACGACAACUCCAUCGACCCGUACCUCCUGGACCGCCUGCUGGCGGCCCUGGCCGUGAGCACGCCGGACACGCUGCCCUCCUCCGUGACGGCCUACAGCUUGCCCGUCGAGCACUCCGACUGGAAGAGGCGAAAACGAGUGGAGGGGGUACUGCGGUCGCUGCCACUGUCGAGGCUCACGAGGCUGGGCGAGAGGUACCUGGUGCUGGUGGGCUCCGACCUCGUCGGGGUCAUCAUGGACGUGGCCAAGUCCCUGGGCAUGGUGCACCCGCUCAGCCAGUGGCUCUACGUCCUGAGCGACGCCACCUUCGGCAACCUGGUCACGCUCACCAGCCUCCUCCACGAGGGCGACAACGUUGCCUUCGUCGCCAACUACACGAGCUCGGCGCCCCAGGAGACGUGCGAUGCCGGGGUGCAGUGCCACGCGCGCGAGCUGCUCCGCGCCUUCCUGGUGGCGCUGGACCGGUCGGUGCGCGACGAGCAGGAGCUGGCCACGCAGGUGUCCGACGAGGAGUGGGAGGCCAUCCGUCCCGCCAGGGAGGACCGCAUGGCGCUGCUGCUGUCGCACGUCCGGGACCUGCUGCGCACCACGGGCUCGUGCGGCAACUGCACGGCGUGGCGCCUGCGCUCGGCCGACACCUGGGGGCUGUCGCACUCCGAGGUGCCCGGCACGUCCCGGGUGCCGCCGCCCAGGAUGGCGCCCGGCGGCGGCUCCGUCGUGGAGGAGCCGACGACGACGGCGAGGAGGUCGACUGCGCCCCGGAGGUCCCGCAGGGCGGCGAGGGGCGGCGCGCAGCCGUGGGCGCAGCUCGGGCAGCUGCACGACGAGGAGGACGACGACGACUUCGCGUGGUCGCUGCCGCAGCCGCGCUCGCGCCCGCACAUCACGGCCUCGCUCGUGGACGUGGGCUGGUGGCGCCCCCGCGAGGGACUCACCCUGGAGGACCACAUCUUCCCGCACGCCGCGCACGGCUUCAAGGGCCGCACGCUGCCGCUCGUCUCCUUCCACGUGAGUCCGACUUCACUAGAAAGA